CCUCGAUGGUCUGCCGCCGUCCGCACGUCUCACUCGGCCGUCACAUACUUGGAGUUCCUCAUAGGAGCCGCGAAAACAAAACGACGCCGACAUGACGGACUCCGAACCGCCCGACACACCUUCCGCCCCGCAGCUGACCACAGCGGACCAGCCCCCGGCGACAAACGGCCAGUGCGAGCAGAAACACCCCCGGGGAGAGCAGGAAGAACAUCCUCCGCCAAGUUGCGGGAAUCCGGAAGAAUUGUUGAAGAUGGAGCAGGAGAUGAAGAUCACUGACAGCAUCGAGGACGCAGGUCUCCUGGAGAGCAGCAUGCGCCUGAAACCACACGAAGCACAAAGCUACCGCAAAAAGGCUCUGUGGGUGUCCUGGGCGUCCAUCGGGGUGACGAUCAUCCUGGCCAUCGCCGCUUUCACCGUCUCCGUCAUGCGGCACAGUGCCUCUGCUUUUGGAUUCGCUUUUGAUGCAGUGCUGGAUGUCCUGUCCUCUGUCAUCGUGUUGUGGCGCUACAGCAACGCUGCAGCCGUACACUCGGCUCAUCGGGAAUACAUAGCCUGCAUUAUCCUGGGCGUGAUUUUCAUCCUAUCAUCCUUGUGCAUUUUGGGUAAGGCCAUCCACGACCUGGCCACCAAGCUACUGCCUGAAGUGGACGACUUCCUGUUCAGCGUGUCCAUCGUCAGCGGCGUGGUGUGCAGCAUCCUGUGCGUGAUCAAGUUCAUGCUGGGCAAGGUGCUCACGAGUCGGGCCCUCAUCACGGACGGCUUCAACUCGCUGGUGGGUGCCGUGAUGGGCUUCUCCAUCCUGGUCAGCGCCGAGGUGUUCAAGCAUGAGCCCAACGUGUGGUACCUGGACGGGACCGUAGGAGUCCUCAUUGGCCUCAUCAUCCUCGCCUAUGGAGUCAAGCUGCUGGCGGACAUGAUCCCCCGAGUGAGACAAACCAGGAACUACGAGCGCUUCGAGUAACGCUCAGCGGCCCCGAGAAGACGCUGGCGAGGUGGGUUCUUCCUGUGAGACUGCACACAACUUCCUGUCACGCAUGGAGGACGUCCACUCCAGCAGGCUGAUCCAUCCACAUUUUAUUAAGACCGGGAGACUGAAACCUGUAAGUAAAAGUUGCUGAGUGGACUUGCAACGUUCUUCACAUCAUUCUUAGUCAACAUUCCAGGAGGCCCGCGUGGAUCCUGGUCAGUACUGUAGUGUUUCACUGUACUCUGGUGCAAGCAUCAGUAGUUUAGGGCAGGGGCGUCCAAAGUGCUGCCCGGGGGCCAUUUGCUGCCCGCAACUAAUUGUUUACCGGCCCGCCACACAUUCUGGAAAUGCUAUUGCAAAAAUAAAAAAAGAACACUUAAAAAAAAGGGAAAUGAGGUUAAAUCUAAUGAGAAAAAGUGGCAAUGUUGACACAAAGCUGCCACGCAGGCUGUUUUUUUUCUUUUUUUGCCAUUGCUCCAAAAAUAAAUAAAUAAAUAAAAUAAAUCUAUGUUAUAAUUAAUUAUUUUCAAGGCUCCAAUUACUUCAAGUAUUUCACUUUAAAAUGUUUUGCGUUGUAAAUAUUGCAUAUAUUGUGCGGUUGCCAUAUUAAAACAUUGUUUUAUUUGACAAAAGAGAAUAAAACAAACAAAAUAAUAGUUCAAACAUAAAAUCGAUAGAUUUUGAUCCUGUAACUUAUGUGUUGAAAGUAAAAGAAAAACAUAAUAAAAAUGUAUGACUUUAUGAGUGGGGCACCCUUUGAAUCCCAAAUAUAUUUAUUGGUAUUUUAUUGAUCUUUUCACUGUUAUUACUCAAAAAAUAUAAAGUCAUUACAAACAAUGGUGUCCUGCAUUAUUGAUCUUUUAGGGCUUUAAUUACUAAAUACUGCAUAUUUCAGUUUUACUAUAAAAAAAAAGUAGUUUUUGACAGAAAAGCCAUAGAAUCUUCUGUUGUAUUACUUUAUAUCAAUUUGAAGUUGAUAUACAGAUUUAUUGUAAGCGUUAAAUAAAAAAUAAUAAUAAUAAUAAUUUGACUUAUUUUUAACAUUUUAACUGAGACCCUUUAUGGUCCCCGGGACCCUUAAAGGUAAAAUAAAAAAAUACAUACAUUUUGUUUUGUUCUGGUUUGAAAAUGACAAAAUAUCAAAAUGGCCCCCACACGUUUGAAUUUUUCCAUGUGCGGCCCACAGUGGAAAAAGUUUGGACACCCCUGCUUUAGGGUCAUUAAGGCACGCGCUCCGCCUGCUGGCCACUAGAGGAAGUGCAAGGUGAAUGUUUGUGUUGUCUUUGAAGUCAUCAUAACUACGUCGUUACAACUUUGUCUCCUUCCGCCAAGCGCACUUCCUGCUUGACCCCAGAUGCUUUGUGUUGCCGCGGACAUAACUCGUGUCCAACGCCGGAAAAAAAGGGUGUAUUUCAAAAUAAAAUAGUAUCCCUCUUAUUCA